CCGCCUCAAUGGGAUGGAAGCUGAAAUAGCGUGGCACUGCCUAUAGCCUACUAUGUGUUUCACAAAAUCGGACCAAAAUCAUUUCCAAGUCGUUGAUUUAGUUAAGGAUUACCGUUCCGUUUGUGUUUUCUUUUCCCAACCGCAACUUCACACCCAGACUUUCACUCAUAAGACAAUAUUUUGUGGUCAUAUACAGUUUCUAUUGAACUCUCUGCCUCUUGAUGGCGAGUGAGGCUGACCUCACUCUGCGGUGCCGCAGGCUGUUGCCCAUGCCCAACUCUCCAGAGCAGGAGGGGAUGAUGGGAGAUAGAGGCAUCAGGGAGAGACAUAUCACAACCAACGGUAAAAUGGAGGUGGAGCAGAUAAUCAGUAGAAAGCUACAUCUGAAGCGAGCAGCAGAGCACCUGAAGUCUAACUUGAUGAAGCAGUUGGACUCCCAUGUGAACGACUUCAUGGAUUGUCUGAUUGAGGAGUCUGGCUGCCUGGAACCUGCUCCGGUGCUGCUCUCUGACAAAGAGAGCAGGAAACUCAGCAAACAGUCACGAACCCCAGCAAGCCAGGGCAAAGUGUUCAUGACCCGCCGCUCAUUGCUUGACGAACUGUUUGAAGUUAACCACAUCCGGACGAUCUACCACAUGUUCAUCGCCCUCCUCAUUCUCUUCAUCUUCAGCACACUGGUGGUGGACUUCAUUGAUGAGGGCCGGUUAGUGUUGGACUUCGACCUGUUGGUAUUUGCCUUCGGGCAGCUCCCCCUGGUGGUGUGCACGUGGCUGUGCAUGUUCGUGUCAGUGCUGGUGGUGCCAUACAGCCUCUUCCACCUGUGGGCCAGCCGGUAUCAAACCUGCAGCCACCCGGCCCUUUGGUCUGGCCUGCUGGGCUCUGGCUUCAUGCUCUACCAGGGGCUGGGGCUGGGCUUUCUACCCACGUCUGUGGUGCUCAGGAACGGCCUUCCCCCAGCCUCCCGCUUCAUCAUCAUCAUGGAGCAGGUUCGCCUGAUGAUGAAAGUUCACUCCUUCAUCAGGGAAAAUGUCCCCAGAGUCUUGUCUGCACCGAAAGACAAAACCAAUUCUCUGGUCCUACCUCAGCUCACUCAGUAUCUGUACUUUCUCUUUGCUCCCACACUUAUUUACAGAGACCACUAUCCCAGAAAUCCAUUCAUAAGAUGGAGUUAUGUUGCCACAAAGUUUUCUCAGGUGCUAGGAUGUCUGUUCUAUGCGUACUACGUGUUUGUGCGGCUCUGCAUCCCGCAGUUUCGCAGCAUCAGCAUGCAGCUCUUCGACCUAAGGGCCAUGGUGCUCUGCGUCUUCAACUCCAUCCUUCCAGGUGUGCUGGUUCUCUUCCUGGCUUUCUUUGCUUUCCUGCACUGCUGGCUCAAUGCUUUUGCAGAGAUGCUACGUUUUGGUGAUAGAAAGUUCUACAAGGACUGGUGGAACUCAACAUCGUUUGCUAAUUACUAUCGCACAUGGAAUGUGGUGGUGCAUGAUUGGCUGUACUAUUACGUAUACAGGGACUUUCUCUGGGUGACGGAGAAGCGUUUCAGGACAGGAGCCAUGCUGUUUGUAUUCACUGUGUCUGCAGUUGUGCACGAGUACAUCCUGGCUAUCUGCUUCGGCUUCUUCUACCCAGUCCUCUUCUGCCUCUUCAUGUGCUUCGGAAUGAUGUUCAACUUCAUCCUGCACGACCGGAGAAAGGGCCCCAUCUGGAACAUCAUCAUGUGGACUUCCCUCUUCCUAGGGCAGGGGGUCAUAAUCUGCCUGUACUCUCAAGAGUGGUAUGCCCAGCGCUACUGCCCCAUCCAAGAGCCCUCUUUCCUGGAUCUGCUGAGGCCACGAUCCUGGACCUGUCACCUGACAAAGCCACAUGCAGAGCACUCAGGGAGAUCCUGAACCAUGCUGGCCAGAACCUACAUCAGCAAGUCAAAUAUCAUGACAAAAAAAAUUAUGGAAGCACAAGCUGGCCGUCUUCUGUGACGUUCUCCAUGCUAAAUAGUUUCGUGCUCUGACUGGCUUUACAUGGCAGCUCUCUGUCAGAACUCACACACCAGAAUGUACUUCUGAAGUGUUUUUAUCUCAGUCAAGCCCCAUCUUACAGGAGCUGCUAUUCAAUUUGUAUGCCUUCUCAGUCAUUUUUAAAAAACAUUUUAAACGUUUGUUACAAGUUUGCACACACAACUCCUUGCUUGACGUUGGGUAUAGCUGUUAAGCUUAUGGAGUUUUUGUGGAGGUCCUAGUAUGUUUUUCACAUGUAGUGGAUCAGGGUUAAUUUGUGUAGUUAGCCUUGCGAGAUACAAUCAGCAUUGAUAAUGGUUUUGAACCUGAUUUUCUCAUGGUCUUUUUUCAUAGCAAUAAUGAAAAAUGGCAAUGAUUUCCGCAUCCCACCUUUUAAUGCAAGAAUGGAAUGUGUUGCAACCAGAAGCUGCUGCCCAAUGUGCCACUGUCGAUGUGACUGCUGAAUGUGAUGUGCUGAAUGUGACAUAGCCUCCUGCUUCUGUGAAUUUACAAGAUAGUUAUUUUGGAAUCUUAGGUGUGAUCUUAAUAAGAUAAACAGAAUCCACAGGCAGGUUUUGUACGGGGGGAAAUGUGAAGUGUGAUUCUGUGUCAUUGCUAUAGCUUUGUUCCGCUGUCAUUCAGUGAUUUAUUGCACUGUUUUGUGCGUUACCAUCUUUGGGCUCAUAUUCAUAAGACCAAGUUUAACUUUACUGCUGAUUCUCAUGCCUUUGUUUCUCAUGGAGCCCUCAAAGUUAAAAUGUAUUUGUAGUAACCGCUACUACCACAAGAUGGCGAUAUGAGAGUCUUUCAUUGAAAAUAGAUACAAUCGUGAAUUCCAUAGCCUUGCACUCUAGUUAGGCUACCAUGUGGCCCCUUAGUAUUUAAACAAAUGUAGUUCUUUCUCGGGACCACAUUUUUACUAUGGCAUCCCACCUUUUUCUCUAUGAGAUAGGUCUAUCUGUUCAACUCCCAUACUGACAAAGAGUUGUAGCCUACCUCAAAAUACGGUCCCUGUGUCAUUUAAAGUAAUGUACUGUAAAAAACUGUGAUGAAAUCAUUUUAUAAAAGAUUGUUUUAUGUUAAUUAUAUUUUUUAAACAGGUAAAUGUAUUUUUACUUGACUCUAUGACCUAGAUAUAGGCAACCUGCUUAAAUGAAACUGCUGUUUGAUACUAUUAAUAUUGAUCUGAAAUGGAUGUAGCUUAUUUAUGAGUGUCAUGCACAAGGAGUGAUUUUUUUUUUCUUCCUUUUAUUUGUACAGGUGCAUUCUCUCAAAAAAUGUUACAGUAAGCAUCUAAUGCUCUGUAUAUAUCUGACAUUCAGGGUUCAUUUUAAAAUAUUAACAGCUAUUAAUGUAUUCUGAGAUGCCUGUCUAUUACUUUGUCUAUUACUGUAAAUUGACACUUAAUUUGUUUGUGCAGUGCAGAUGAUUGAAAUUGCAAAAUAUGAUUGGUUUGUUCUGUAUGAUGUAUUCAGGCUGAACAAUCUGGCUACUACUUACUUUGUCACUUUGGUAGGCCUAGCCUAUGAACUGCCAAUUUAUAUUCAAAGAAAGCAGAUGGUGAGUGACUGCAGAAAACCACAAUAAAUACAUUACUUUUUGGCAA